AUAGAGCUGCUCAUUCGGCUUCCCUCCAAACCAUUACAGUCUCUUAAUCUGUUUCAGAAAAUGGCUUCCUCAGCUAUUUCAAGGACGUCCAACCUGCGAAGUCACGUUCAAUUCACAGUCUCACAGAGUAAGGGUAAUGUUCAUGAAUCUUCUUUAGGUUUGAUAAAGUUAUCCCCAGAGGUUUCCGACGCCUUAUCACAUAGGAAGCCAGUUGUUGCACUCGAGUCCACCAUUAUAUCUCAUGGAAUGCCUUACCCUCAAAAUUUUGAGACUGCCAAGAACGUAGAGCAAAUUGUCCGUGACAAUGGAGCUGUACCUGCAACUGUUGCUAUUUUAGAUGGCAUACCAUGUAUAGGUUUGAGUGUGGAUGAAUUACAAAGGUUGGCUAUUGUGGGGCCUAAAGCUAGGAAAACGGCACGUAGAGAUAUUGCUCAUGUUGUGGCUACUCGAGGGAUUGGUUCUACUACCGUUUCUGCUACCAUGAUCUUUGCUUCUAUGGUUGGCAUUCAUGUAUUUGUUACUGGGGGAAUCGGUGGAGUGCAUAGACAUGGAGAGAAGUCAAUGGACAUAUCAUCUGAUCUAACUGAACUUGGAAGGACACCUGUAACAGUUAUCUCAGCUGGUGUUAAAUCAAUAUUAGAUAUUCCCAGAACCUUGGAGUAUUUAGAAACACAAGGAGUAUGUGUUGCUGCCUAUGGGACUAAUGAAUUUCCAGCAUUUUUCACUGAAAUAAGUGGCUGCAAGACACCUUGUCGUUUGGAUACAGCAGAAGAAUGUGCUCGUUUAAUAGAUGCAAACAUGAAACUGAAUCUUGGAACUGGUAUUUUGAUAGCUGUUCCUAUUCCGAAGGAACAUUCUGCCUCAGGAGGUGUGAUAGAAGCUGCCGUACAAAGAGCUCUAAAAGAAGCAAAGGACAAGGGCAUAACAGGCAGUGCUGAAACUCCUUUCUUGCUUGCUAGAGUAAGUGAAUUAACUGGUGGAGCUUCCCUGUCUUCAAACAUUGCUCUAGUGAAAAACAAUGCGCGUGUUGGUGCUCAGAUUGCCGUCGCACUUGCUCACCGCCGAAAGUUUGAUGUUGGAGGUACUUCUAAGUUGUAGAAUACUGGAGGUGGAUCUCAUGUUGAUUUUUGGCUCAAAAAAGCUAGUUGGUUGUAUUGAAGGAAGAUUUGUUCAUGCACAGAAUCAAGCAAAUGAUGAGUCAAAAUACUUCUUUCUAGUGUCAGGUACUGAAUCAUGUAAAACAAAACAUUUUACUUCUAAUGUAAUUUUUUUGAAGUAGUGAAACUAGUUGAUUUUCAUAAUCAGAGCUUCUUACUCAGCAAAUG